UCGACGAGCCCGGAAACCGCCCAUGCUGCCGUGAAAGUUGAAGCCGACGGCCUGCCGCAACAAGUACCGGCGACCAUGACCAGCCUCCAGCUCCCGGUUUUCGACGACACACGAGAUAAGUGGAAACCAUACCUUGUUCGGGCUGAAGCGUAUUUCGAAGCAAAUGCUAUUAAUGACUCCAAAAGGCAGAGAGCACUUCUAGUGGCAGCACUCAGCACGCAGACUGUGCAACUGCUAGCGGGGCUAAUUGCACCACGGACGCCGAAUUCCCUUACUUACGCCGAAGCGGUCGCAGCAUUAAAUGACUACUACGAUCCCAAGCGUCACGAGAUUGCUGAAAGCUACAAGUUUUUUAGCCGUUGCCAACAAGAGGACCAUCAGCCACUGCUGGGACUGCUCAAGCCUGACCGCCAAACGCCGCCGAUGGCCGCCGCGCGCAUUCAACGGUGGGCAUUGUUCCUAGGAGGCUACCAGUACAAGCUACAGUAUAACUGGUCGCCGGGUGCUGAUGAUUGGACCAUCUCGCCAGGAAGCAGCGUCUACGUGCGCAACUAUGGUGCCGGCAAAAGAUGGACGCCUGGACGCGUAAAAGCUGCGUCGGGGUCGAGAAUGAUAGCAGUGGACACACCAAGAGGGUUAGUGCAGCGUCAUAUCGACCAAGUCCGCCGCCGCCGCGAAUCGACGCCGGAGUCUGCAACUGCGGGGACGGCUGAAGGCGCGGACGCUGAAGCUGAACCUGCCAGCGUGACUACUCCUGUCCCGGCUCCUGCGUUGCAACGCACGUCCAGACGGAAUGAGCAAGAGCGAAGCCCAGAACUACCGGCAGCGGAUGGUCGGAAGGGUUCUCCUCUCAUGGUAAACCAGACAAAACGCAUGGUGUCCGAAAUUCAGAGUGCUUUCCGGGACGCCCUGCUGAACUCAUUGUGGAUCAGCUACAAGGAAGAAGGGGGUGUCCUCAAAAAGUUUGACGACAUAGUCAUCAAAGUAGGCAGUCCCGGACGGCGACUGGACCCGGAGUUCAUCGAGGAGUAUUACA